GGGACACUGUUAUCCCUCUGUACAUCCCCCAGUGUGGAGAGUGCAAGUUCUGUAAGAAUCCUAAAACAAAUCUAUGCCAGAAGAUAAGAAUUACGCAAGGGAAAGGACUGAUGCCUGAUGGUACCAGCAGAUUCACCUGCAAAGGAAAACAGAUUUACCACUUCAUGGGGACUAGCACCUUCUCCCAGUAUACUGUGGUGGCCGAUAUCUCAGUAGCCAAGAUAGAUGCUGCAGCACCUCUUGAUAAAGUCUGCCUGCUGGGUUGUGGCAUCUCUACUGGCUAUGGGGCUGCUGUUAACACCGCUAAGGUGGAACCUGGCUCUACAUGUGCUGUCUUUGGUUUAGGAGGAGUUGGGCUGGCAGUUAUUAUGGGCUGUAAAAUAGCAGGAGCAUCCCAGAUCAUCGGCAUCGACCUUAACAAGGAUAAGUAUGCCAAAGCCAAAGAGUUUGGAGCUACUGAGUGCAUUAGCCCUCAAGACUUCAAGAAGCCCAUACAGGAGGUGCUGGUUGAGAUGACCGAUGGUGGUGUAGACUACUCAUUUGAGUGCAUUGGUAAUGUUGGAGUCAUGAGGGCUGCCUUGGAAGCCUGCCACAAAGGCUGGGGAGUCAGUGUGAUAGUCGGAGUAGCUGCUGCUGGUCAGGAGAUCUCCACACGGCCAUUCCAGCUGGUAACUGGGCGGACAUGGAAAGGGACCGCAUUUGGAGGUGGGUGGAAAGGGGAAAAACAAAUCGUAGACAAUGUACCAAAACUGGUGACUGACUACAUGUCCAAAAAGAUCAAGGUUGAUGAAUUUGUGACUCACACACUGCCUUUUGAUAAAAUUAAUGAGGCUUUUGAGCUGAUGCAUGCAGGAAAGAGCAUUCGAACUGUCCUAAAGCUUUAGAGCCAAAUGUGGACCUUCCAGUUGACCAGCAACAUGGUAACCGUCCUUUUAUAAUGGAAUUUCUGAAAGAUGGUAGAAUCAAGCAACUGAAAACUCACUCGGACUAGGAAGACGAUGUAU